UACAUAGAGACUUCUCUGAUUAUUCUGCCAUUUUGUAUUCGGCGUCCGGCCAGCAAAACAAAAACGCAGGAAAAGUAGGUGUCGCAAAAUUUCAAUUUUCUUUCAAAAUAUAAAAAGUAUGUCAGAUUAUCGCUCUCAAUCCCGUGGCGGUGGCCGCGGUCAAGAUUAUUCAAAUGACGAUGAUCCGCCCAUGUCGCGUCUGUUCAUAAUAUGUAACAAAGCACAUACCGAAGAAGAUUUUCGCGAAGCAUUCGCACCUUAUGGCGAAAUUGAAGAUAUUUGGGUAGUUAAGGAUAAGCAUACACAGGAGAACAAAGGCAUUGCAUAUGUGAAAUUCUCAAAAACCUCUGAUGCAGCCAAGGCCCAAGAGCAAAUGAAUGGCAAAACUAUUGGAAAAACUGACAGAACUCUCAAAGUGCUUGUUGCCGCAAAUCGUAAUCAGGGUUCGAAUAAAUCAGAAAACGAACAGGAAAAAUAUGUGCGAUUGUUUAUUGUAAUUCCAAAAACCGCCACUGAGGAUGACAUACGCGAUGAAUUUGCCCAGUGGGGUGAGGUGGAGAAUGUCACAAUUGUACGGGAAAAGAACAACGGUAGUCCCAAGGGGUUCGGCUACGUGCGCUUUACAAAAUUCUAUUAUGCGGCCGUGGCGUUUGAAAACUGCUCAGCUAAAUAUAAAGCAGUAUUUGCCGAACCCAAAGGCUCCACACGUACACAACGUGAUCAAUAUGGUCGCCUUGCUGAUGAUAGUCCUGUCUAUCCGUCGGGGCGUGGGGGCGGCGGUGUCGGGGGUGGUGGUUCAAAUUAUAAUGGUGGCAGUGGCGGAAGCGGUAGUGGUGGUAGCUUCAACAACGAUUGGAGUGCAUCGGUCAACAGCGAUAUGUCCGCAUUUCUGCGCAUGCAAAAUGUGCCUGUGCCGCAGCCCACGUGCCUCGAAGUGACUGUCAGCAAUUGUGUAACUCAGGAUCAGCUAUGGCGUCUAUUUACUAUAAUACCUGGCUUGGAUUAUUGUAAAAUUAUGCGCGAACAUGGUCCACGCACAAAUGAAGCUGUGGUCAUAUACGAUAAUCCCGAAGCUGCAAUCUACGCCAAGGAUAAAUUACAUGGCCUGGAAUAUCCCAUGGGCGAACGCAUUAUUGUAAAGGUCAACGGCAUGAGUUCAGCUCGCAUGGACACCUCCUUCAUAGACAAGCGAACUAAAAAGGAUGCUAUAUGCAAUGUACCCUUGCCGCCAACGCAGCCGUUGGCAUCGCCAGACGCAGAAGUUGCACAGAGACUGUUCAUUGUAUUAUCGGCAAAUCUACCCCACUCGAUACUAAAGAAUAUAUUCUCCUGCUGGAAGGGAUUAAUCGAUGUAUAUUUGCUGCCCAACAAGAAUUGUGGAUAUGUUAAAUAUUCAGAACGCGAAAGUGCUCAAAACGCAAUAAUCAUACUAAACGGCGCUGAGAUAUGUGGAACGAAAAUCAAGGUCAUGGAAGCCGAGGAGCGCAGCGGUUCAGAUGGUGAUGAUAGCGGCAGAAAGCGGUUGCGUCGCAAUUAACCAUAGUUUGGAAUUUAUCAACGGGUUUUGAGACCCACUGACAACAUUUGUACUUAACAGAGAACAUUAUGUACGAGUAGUUUACAAAACAAUAAAGAAAAGAAAACACAACAACAACAACAACAACAAAAAGAAUAACAGUUCAAUUAUAAACAGUUCAACUGACCCAAGAACCGCCAAAAAAAUAAACACACUACGGAAUCAACCAGUACCAGAAACAAAAACCACACAGAG